GAACUUUCCAUGACAAACUGGUACCUAUUGAAAAACAAAACACUUUGUUAUGCCUUUUUAUAUUUUCAGGAUCAUGUAGAGAUCAUCUUGAGUAAUGUGUGCUUGUAAAAAAGGAUUCAUUGUGUGUGAAAUAUUGAGCAAGGAUUGGGUCACACAUGAAGAAAGUUGAAAUAAGUCAAAAGAAAAGCUGCAUGUCCUGAUGACUCCCCCUUAACAAGAGCUUCCAGGAUGCUAAAUCAUCACUGUCGAAGGAACCCGGAGCUGCAAGAGGAACUGCAAAUUCAGGCCGCUGUUGCAGCAGGGGAUGUUCAUACCGUGCGCAAAAUGCUGGAACAGGGGUACUCCCCGAAUGGACGUGAUGCCAAUGGCUGGACUUUGCUUCACUUUUCAGCAGCAAGAGGCAAGGAGAGAUGUGUCCGAGUCUUUCUGGAACAUGGAGCUGAUCCCACAGUGAAAGACUUAAUUGGUGGCUUCACAGCCCUGCAUUAUGCCGCCAUGCAUGGCCGGGCACGGAUUGCACGUUUGAUGUUGGAAUCCGAGUACCGAAGUGACAUUAUCAAUGCCAAGAGCAAUGAUGGGUGGACUCCCCUCCAUGUGGCAGCACACUACGGCAGGGACUCGUUUGUCAAGCUCCUGCUGGAGUUCAAGGCUGAGGUCGAUCCGCUGAGUGACAAAGGCACCACUCCACUUCAGCUGGCCAUUAUCAGGGAGCGCUCCAGCUGCGUGAAAAUCCUCUUGGACCACAACGCUAACAUUGACAUCCAGAAUGGCUUCCUGCUGCGCUACGCUGUGAUCAAAGGCAACCACUCAUACUGCCGCAUGUUCCUCCAGAGAGGGGCCGACACCAACCUGGGCCGCCUGGAGGACGGGCAGACACCUCUGCAUUUGUCUGCUCUGCGGGACGAUGUGCUCUGUGCUCGGAUGUUGCACACCUAUGGCGCAGAUACAACUACCAGAAACUAUGAGGGACAGACACCACUUGCGGUGUCUGGGAGCAUGUCUGGAGCUAGCCGGCCUUGUCUUGAUUUCCUGCAAGAAGUCACAA